GAAAAAAACCUAAAUUAAUACAUCUAAAACCUAAUUAAUACAUCUGAUGAUCGCAUAAGUAUUUGAGUAGAGUAAAAAUAAUCUAUAUCGAUCAUCGUACAAUUGUAGAAUGUAAACAUCAAUGUCAAGGACGAACAAUUAGGUGAAGGUAAACUAGUCAGUUAAACUCUCAUUUCGCUCGUAACUUUAACAUAGUGAUUUUCAAUAUAGAAUAAGAGAAACGUGCUGGUAAUAUUUUGAAGAAGAAUUCAAAUUUUUUUCCUGUGAAAAUAAAUUGAAAAGUAAAGAAAAAGAAAGGCAUUACUAUAAUUAAUUCUCUUUAUCAAUAAAAAAGGAAAUACGCUGCCAUAAUAAAGAAAUAUUUUUGAAAUUUUUGAAUGAAGACUAUAAAAAUAAUUGAAAAUAAUGUCUGACUCGGUCGACAAAGAUAUGUUCUUUGAAGCAGCUGGUGUGAAAAUUACAGACAAAACGCUUGAAUCUUCGGUUAAGAUUAUCGUUUUACAAUUUGACAAUACAAAUGACCCAUCCUCGAAAAAUAAUAAAUCUUCAUGUGGAUUUCAUUUGACUAAAACUAUGUGGGAUGCUUAUCCCUGGGUAGCAUUCGUCGAACAUGAAAGUAUCGCUAAUCGAGCAGGAUUAAGACCAGGUGAUUGCUUACUUAACAUUGAUGGUACCGAUGUGUUGGGUUUAAAAAUAAAAGAUAUUGCCGUUUUCAUAAAUGAAAGAAAAGAUAGAAAUAAUAUAAAUCUUCGUAUUUGGAGAUAUGUGUCUAACUUUUCAGAAAAUGAAAAUAUUGGUACAGCUUGGAGAAGACCACUUCCAGAAAUAGUUUCUAAAUUUGCUAACGUGUUUUCAGAAUGUUUACGCUGCUUAGAAUGUCCAGUUUGUUUGGAACGUGCAACAUCACCAGUUUCACAAUGUAUUAAUGGUCAUAUACUUUGUUUUAAAUGUAAACAAAAAACGUCAAAAUGUCCUAUUUGUAGAGUGCGACUUGGCCAGGGUCGUUGUCUCCUUGCCGAAAAGAUUUGGAAAAUUAUUUUUGAUAUUUUUGAUACGAAUCACGAAAUUGAAAAAUAUACUAAAUCGUCCAAUAAAAAUCUUACAGAAUAUUUGUUUGGAAAUCUUAGUAAAUUGAAUAUAACAAAAACAAAUCAGAAGAAUACCAAUGUCCCUUUAAAAUUAAAACGAUCAUUAUUAACUAAAUUGUUUCAUGGUAAUGUAGAAAAAGCUGUUUCUACAGAAAAUCUUGCAACAGUAUCACAGAGAAACAAUGAAUUAUCAAGAUUAGAACCUUAUAAUGUCAGCAAUAAUAGUAAUUCAAAUAGAUUGACCUUAAACGAUCGACAAAAAUCAGCAAGCACCAGUCAACUUUCGUUAAGAAAUGUAAACCGUGAAAUGGAUAACAACCAUGAAUUACAAACGAAUAUUACCGUUCAAACCAGGAGCUUAAACUUAAAUUGGAAUUUAAUUUUUGAUGGAUUAAAUUCUUCAAUAAUUGACAGACGGCUAUCUUGUCCAUUUUAUAUACAGAAAAAUUGUGAAAUUGUUUUAAAAAUAACUAAGUUAGUGGAUCAUCUAAUCAUGUGUCAUAAUAGUAAAAUAAUUCAUAUUCGUGGUGGAAGAAUUAAACUACAUAUUCCAUCACCCUAUGGACCCAAUGAUGUCUUUCUGAUGCAUUAUAUGAACAAUAUGUUUUUUCUUCAGAUAGAAAAAGGCUUUAUAUGGAUGAUAGAUGUAUUAGAAACUAAUAUGAAUUUGAAAUGGACUGUAAGUGCAACGGGAUGUUCUAAUACAGAAGUUGUGUGUACUAGAAAAAUGGUAAAAAUUAAACACCCUAUGGUACGUUUACCAAAACAUAUCGUAUUUUUACCAGAAAUCCUUGCAAUAAAUACAAUCGAUGUUAAAAUUAUUGAAAAUGAAAACGAAUUAGGAAUAUGUAAAACAUAAAUUUAAAAAAGGUAAUAAUAUUUAUUAUCGAUUAUUAUGUAGUGAGUACAUGCAUACGUAUGUGUGUAUAAAAGUACGAUUAAGCAUAAAGAAAAAAUGCAUUAAAAUAUUGUAUGAAUGUUGUCAUCAUUUUAACAAAUAUUUGAAAUAAAAAAUAAAAGAUAUGAAUUGUAU